AUGUAUGAAUGGAUUGGACAUGUAUUGAGACAUGGUGGGUUGCUAGGAUUGAUUAUAGAAGGCUGCGUGGAAGGAAAAAAUGCUAGGGGAAGACCACGAAUGGAAUAUAUGCAACAAAUAAUAGAGGACCAAGGAUGUACUUCUUAUGAAGAGACAAAAAGGAAAGCAAGCAAAACUGAAAAUGCUUUAAAAAAAUUAAAAGCCGUCAAAUAUAAAAAGCUACCUCAUCCUACCACAUUCAAACACAGUCUAGGUAAUCAACUAGGAAGUAUUGUGGUAGACUAUUUGGAUAAAGGACUGGUAGCUCGGUUAUGGACAGAAUAUACAAGUGGAAAUUUAGUACCAGUCGAGUUUGGGUUAUCACCUAAAAAUACGUUUAAUGAACAUAUUGUUUUAACUGUGCCACAUGAUGUUGAAAAACAGGCCUUGACUUCUAACGCAAUAUUAAGUGUUGGUCAAGAUUUAGAAAAAAUCGUACUUGAUAGACACAAAGAGCACUAUAAACAAAUAUUAGAAGAAGAAAUUGAAAGUGUUAAGCGACACCAUGAACAUUUAGCCCGAGAACAACUAAAUGAGGUCUAUCGUGAAAUGCAAGCGGCUUGUGACGAAAAGAAGAGUUCCUUACUCAAAUAUGUUAAUCAAGCUUUUAUUGAAGCAGCCAAAGAAACCGAACGUCGAGUUCAAGAAGAAUGUAAGGUACAAUUAGCUCAUGUUGAAAGUAGAGUUACUGAACAAAUGACUAAACGAUUCAAAGCAUGGGAAAAUCAAAGAGAGGAAGAGUUAGAAGCACACUUUAAAUGUAACUUUAAGUGGGCUCAAAGUGCGCAACGAGAAUAUUUUAUAGAAAAAUUGAACACAAUUAUAGAAAUGUCGACUAAAAAACAAGAACAAUUAAUUGAAGCGAGUAAAGUUGAGUUGAAAAGAAUUUUAGUCACUUUGGAGGCAGAACAUGUGGAAAAUUUACAUGAUAUUGAUUAUUGUAAUUUGAUUGCCAAUAAGACGUCUGUAUCAGAUCAUGGUGUUAUAAGUUCACUGAACUCUCCUGACGAUUCACUCCUAACAAUAAAGACAGAAGACGCUCUAAACUCUCAUUAUAUGCAGAUCAUUGCAGUCGAAAAUUUGUUAAAAGAAAAAUGUCAAUUAUUAAAAAAACUAAAAUUAAAUCUUCACACUAUUCUCAAAGAUUAUACUGAAUUUUUGAAAACAAGUUUAUUAGAAAAACACCCUCAUAUGACAAAUACUUUGUUGGAUCAAGUCAAAUUAUUAAAAAAACAAUUAAUUUCUAUAGGUACUUAUCAAAUAGUGCCAAAACAGAUGAAAUAUUUAAGAAGUAUUAUAAAAUAACGAAAUAUGAUUCACGAAGUAGUCUAAUUUUUAGAGAUUUUACAAUAUAAAUGUUUAAGUUGUAUAAAUACCGAUUUAUUAUUAUAAUUAUUACUGUAUAUAUUUUUAACAUUCUCUCUUAAAAGCUGUACGUAUGUGUUAGAGAGGACGGAAAAACCUAUUUAGUCCAGCGCAAUGGAAUAGAAAUCGGUACUUACGUACCAAGUAACUAAGCUUUUUCGACUGAGCUAAGUGAGUCACGAUAAAAUUUUGGUAUGGCCAUUAAAAAUCACAGUAAAAUUGUGUUGAAAGUUUGAAAUUUUGAGUUUUACUGCAAUAUUAUAAAUAUACAAGAGAUAAAACAUUGGAUAAAUUUGGAGAUUUAAAUGCAAACCCAACUAAA